AUGAUUCCCACAAAUCUCCCCCUUCCACCGGGUGCCCUUCCCAUUCUAGGGCUGUUUGUGUCCAUCCUUACAUGGCUAUUAUUGAAAUGGCCAAUUCACCGUAAAUCCAGUACUCAGACACAACAACCAGAGAAAGAACCAUUCAUCAAACCAAUUCCCAACCCUCAUCCCGAUGAUCCGACUUCUCACGACCCCAAAUUGUAUCGCCCGUUCCGACAUGGUCCCAAUUUCAUUACUAUGGGAAUUCGCAAACUGCACUGGGAUAACUGGAUCGAAAUGGAUUCCUACUUCCUUCGAUACCACGAUAUGAAAGCAGCAGAAUUGAAGAAGGAUUUCAAAGAACAUAUCAAAUAUGUCGAUAAUGCAGUCACGAAAGACGCUUGUUUCGAGCUCAAUGAGGAAUUGGUCCUUCAUCUAACACAUCGCUAUCCUAAGACUUUCCGAUUGGAAGGAGGGAAAGUGCAUAAUAGUCUUACUGGAGAGGCGUUUCCAUUCCCAGCAGUGACCCCCGAUGAGGCUCUCGCAACAUCAGCUUUGCUAGUUCAGGAUGAUCUAGUUCUGAUGAUGAAGAAUGAUGAUGGAGAAUACCAUCUUGAUGCAGCCGCCGUUUGUCUCCCCGGCUUCUGGCGUCUCAGGGAGAAAUUCCGCAUGUCCCUAGAUACGCUUCAUUUCGAAGCUGGCGUUCCCCAUUAUGCGGCCAAGUUGCAAAGGUCUAUGAAUAAGUUCAUGCUGAAGCUUACUCCGGAUAAGCCAGUAGAGAGGAAUAAUUUCUUCAUCCAACUCGACGAUGGACUCCACUGGUCCCACCGCAUGGGCGAUCAACAAGGAACAGAAGUAGCUUCAUGGGCCACUGCCAAUGGAAAAGGCUUGACAAUUGACGAGAUCCACUUCCGCUCAGAGCGACAGACACUCCGUCGGCUGCCACGCUCGGGGGCGAUUCUGUUUACCAUUCGCACAUAUUUCGAGCCAGUGACGAAGCUGGCUCAAGAGCCUUAUAUUCCUGGUCGCUUGGCGGAGGCUAUUCGGAAUUGGGAUGAGACUGUUUCUUACUAUAAAGGCAAGUCCAGUUGGGACAAAAUCUUGAUGCCAUAUCUAGAUGAGCAGGAUCGGUUGCAAAAGGAACGGGGACUUGUUGAGGGGGCUGAGGGGGAAUACCCUUAUUAA